UUUAGCAUGACGUUAUUUUCUGUCACGGCCGUCACGGCCGCACGCGGGCAUCCGCGUACGCUCCAGCAGCCUCGCGAUUGGCUUUGAAGCUCAAUGUGGCUUCCAGAGGACACUGAUGAGCCCGCGUCGGCCGCUUCAUACAAGAUGAUGCUGCAUUCGGCACAACAAUUUUGAGCAGGCAGAUAUCAUGACGAUAAUGAAAGGAGUCCUGCUGAAGUAUAUAUAUAUGGGGAGCAAGUGCUUGCUAUAUGGCGAUAUUGUACAGCUACCUCUUCCAAUCUACCAAAUAUCGAAUUAUCUGAAACUUGACUCAAUUCCAAGCAACAUCUCUCUAUUGUACUUCAAUUGUCUUGCUCAAUGCCUUCUUUUGACCCUGCUUCUCUCUCCUCUCUUUCUGGAAAAGUGUAUCUAGUUACGGGUGGCAAUGCAGGGAUUGGUUACGAGACAAUCCUCCACCUCGCACGCAAGGAUGCAAAAGUUUACAUGGGAUGCCGCUCCUCAACAAAAGGCAACGCGGCCAUUGCAUCGAUCCAUGGUCUUGUUCCUCAUGCCGACGUUCAACUCUUGAUCCUCGAUCACAUGGAUCUUACUUCAGUCGUAUCAGCUGCAAAUGAGCUCAAGACUAAAGAGAACAGACUCCACGGACUCGUGAACAACGCAGGGAUCAUGGCCGUUCCAUUUGAAACAAGCAAAGAUGGAUACGAGAGUCAAUGGCAGACCAACUACCUCGCUCAUUUCCUCCUCACCCAUCAUCUUCUCCCUCUCAUGCUAGCAACAGCCAAAGUUUCAACCCCAGGAGACGUACGUAUCGUCAAUGUCACCAGUGGUGGUCAUGCUACGUUCGCGCCGAGGGCUGGCAUUGAUUUCGAAGAUACCAACCAAACAAGGGGUGGUGUUUGGUCUCGAUACGGUCAAUCAAAACUAGCCAAUGUCUUGCACGCCAAAGAGCUAAAUCGAUUCUAUGGACCGGACGGCACCAAGAAAUCCGAGGGACAGAUAUGGACUGCCGCCGUUCAUCCAGGACACAUAUACACAGACCUUUCUAAGAACGCGCAAUUUGCUGGCCCAUUGAGUAAACCAGUUGCCGCGACUCUGAAUUGCUUAGGGGUGUUCAUCCCGGCUGACAAGGGGUCCUUCACGUCUGUGUUCUGUGCCGCGAGCCAGGACAUGAAAGCAGAUAUGUCGGGAGAGUAUUUCGUACCUUUGGGGAAAGUUGGCAAACCGAGCAAGCACGCCAACAACCCCGACAUGGCUGAGAAGUUGUGGCAGUGGACGGAAGCGGAAUUCAGCAAGAAGAAUUUCAUGUGAUACAUGUAAUCAGACUACUACUCCCCACGACAGUGAUCGUUUCUUAAGGUUGAGCACAUAAUCACAAUUGAAUGGAAGAUAUAGAAGGGCUUGUUGACUCUUGAUUCCAAGGACGUUAAGCUAGAUAGAUACCUGAAGUAGUCCUCGGUUACGGACUUCUUCCAGAUACUCUUGAUUUUCUUUACAACCAAGCCAGCCAGAUGCCAGUUUGC